CUGUAUACCUUGUCUUGGAUAGUCUUGGAUAAAGAAGAUACGUCCAUCCAUUAGCCCAGAAGCAAAGAACAGGAGCAACCAUGUCUUCCUCCGACGCAACACACCCGACGGGCACAUCGACUGCCGCACCACCCCUUGCUGGUAGUACUCCUACUUCUACUUCUACUUCUACUUCUACUCAGGGACCUGAUACUCAUGGUGCUGGAGUACCCAGUCAUGGAGCUGGAGCUAGCAGUGGUGCCGCUUCAGGUACAGGCACAGGCACAGGUGCAGGUACAGGUGUAGGUGCAGGCAGUACAGCUCCAGGCACCCACUCGGGGACAGUUCCAACGCCUGCCUCUUCCUCCAACUCCAACUCCAACACCGGCUCCGCUACCGGCACCGGCUCUACUACCGGCACCGGCACCGGCUCCGGCACGGGCACGGGCAAGCUCUCCACUUCUGAAGCGCAGGCUGAAGCCAUUCCAGGGCACGCAGGUAUGGAUCCUGAGAUUCCCAAGAGUGCUAGUGAGGCUCCUGUUUUCGGUGUUGAAGGGGGGAAGGAGGUUCCUUUUGGAGAACAGGUAAAGGGGCAUGCGAAGUAAGUGUCAGAGCGAGAGCGAGAGCGAGAGUGAGGCGCAGCACUUUCCUUCUCCUGCUUGUUUGACUCACGACUUUCCCUUCCCUUAUUUGUCCUUGGCGCCCGCUCUGUAGGUACUUUGCAGGCAAAAUCUUUGGUAAAGAUCACGAGGUCCAGCAGGGUGCUGCACGUGUAAGGGGAGAGUCGCACACACUGCCAGAGGAUGUGAAGCAUCCAAAGAUGAAGCAG